AUGUACAUCACCCUCUACUACAUAGUCACCCGGCUCCCUGACUCUCUUCGGGUAGUCAUUGACCACUUCCUCUCUAUUUGCCCCACCACUCUCACCGUUGACCUCCUCGAGAAGGCCCUCCUAGCGAUAGAGAAGAGCAUAGUCGCUGUAGGAGCCUCUCGUGGUGACCCUCGCACCCCCAUCUUUGAGGGUCGGUCGGAGCUGCGUCUGCCCCGAGCGGGAGACGCCGCACCGGCAAGGGCAAGGGGGGCAAGGGCACUGGAGGGGGUGGAGGGGGCGGUGGAGGUGGUGGUGGAGGCGGUGGAGGGAGUGGGAGUGGUGGUGGGGGUGGUGGUGGGGGUGGUGGCGGCGACGGCAGCAGUGGAGGCGGCGGAGGCGGUGGAGGUGGCGGAGGGAGCGGAGGCGGCGGAGGUAGUGGAGGAGGCGGAGGUGGAGGAGGCGGCGGAGGCGGCGGAGGCGGCGGAGGCGGCGGAGGCGGCGGUGGUGGGGCGAGUCGCGACUCUGCGCCGAGGAGUGGCGCCGGUGGUGCGCGGUGGGGGUUUUGGUCCCUGCUCUUACAUUCUCGGUACCGGCGACCGCACUGGUGAGCAGUGCGGAGGUCCGCACUCCACUCAGCGCUGCUUUGGUCGCCUGACGAACGCGUGGCGUCGCCAGUUCCCUGAGGCGUCAGAGAUCCCUCGGUGGGGAGAUCUGGCUAAGGCCGGGGUUGCUAACUUUGAUCUUGAAUUUGAUGCUAUUCUUGCUGCCAUGUAUGCUGUUGCUGAUAGUGUUGAGGGUGCCUGUUACCUGUGUGUACCGCAUGACCCGGGCAUUGAGGCUGCUGCGCUAGGUGUUGGUGAGGCUGCUGCUUUAGGUGCUAGUGCGUCUGCUGCCCCAGGUACUGGUGUGUCUGCUCUCUCAGGUACUACGUCCGCUCAGGCCUUCCACACCUUCACCCUGGACUCGGGUGCGUCCCGCUCCUUCUUUCGAGACCGCACCACUCUUACGCCACUUAGUCGGCCGGUUGCGGUCUCCCUGGCAGACCCCUCUGGGGGUCCUGUCCUUGCUAGCUUCUCCACUGUCCUUCUGUGCCCUGCAGCCCCCUCUGGCACCCUGUCUGGUCUAUACCUCCCAUCGUUCUCUACGAACUUGGUGAGUGGAGCGGACCUACAGGAUCGAGGGGUUGACCAGUUCACUCCUGCGAGUCAGCGAGUGACCCACUGCACGUGUGCUCGGAAAGGCCAACACUUGGCCACGUUCACUCAUCGGCCAGGGUCGAGCCUGUACACCCUUACUGCUGAGUCUCCUCCUACUACUGAGUCUGCCCAGGUGCUACCCACGUAG